GUAGGCAAGCGUGUGGCCAUACCCAAGGAGAUGCACAGUCGUACACAAGCACUUCGUUCACAUUUGCGUUUUCCGACAUACGUUUUGUGAACUGCGCCCGUCCAACUUUUACUCACACCUCCACCUAAUUGAAAGCGCUAAUUUCUUCAUGACCUCAUCUAAAAAUGGACGAUCAGAUACUAAACUGGACGAGAGAAUCCCUAUUGUAGCCGUCUAGGCCAUCUGCACGCAUCAAUCAUUCUUCCUCAUUCAAACUCGGCUUAGCGCCCUCUUUUUUUUCUAGUAAAAAAAAGAAACCACAAAAAUGCGUGAGUUGGUCCACAUCCAGGGAGGCCAGUGCGGCAACCAGAUCGGUGCCAAGUUCUGGGAGGUCAUCGCCGAUGAGCACGGUAUCUACCUGUUUUUCGUAGUUGUAGAUCGACGUGAAGCUGUCAUUUGCCAUUUUGUGCACAGAGUGAUGGAGUCUGGUCUUUUGAACAUCCACAUGUAGAUUUUGAAACAUCACGUAUUGUCUUUUUGCUUCUAGAAGAGGGAGUGCAUAACACACCUAUGUGAACCUAUGUGACUUCUUUGUAUCUGAAUCAUAAUCUUUGCACAGGUAUUGACCCCACCGGUACCUACCAUGGUGACUCCGACUUGCAGUUGGAGCGCAUCAACGUGUACUUCAACGAGGCCACCGGUGGUCGCUACGUGCCCCGCGCCGUCCUGAUGGACUUGGAGCCGGGUACCAUGGACUCCGUCCGUGCCGGACCGUUCGGUCAGCUCUUCCGCCCGGAUAACUUCGUGUUCGGUCAGACCGGUGCCGGUAACAACUGGGCCAAGGGUCACUACACCGAGGGUGCCGAGCUGAUCGACUCCGUGUUGGAUGUCGUCCGUAAGGAGGCUGAGGGCUGCGAUUGCUUGCAGGGAUUCCAGCUGGUCCACUCCUUGGGUGGUGGUACCGGUUCCGGUAUGGGAACGCUCCUGAUCUCCAAGAUCCGUGAGGAGUACCCGGAUCGUAUCAUGUCCACCUACUCCGUCAUCCCGUCCCCGAAGGUGUCUGAUACCGUCGUCGAGCCGUACAACGCCGUGCUGUCCUUCCAUCAGCUCGUCGAGAACGCCGAUCAGGUCAUGAUGAUGGACAACGAGGCUCUGUACGAUAUCUGCUUCCGUACCCUGAAGCUGACCACCCCGACCUACGGUGACUUGAACCACUUGGUGUCCGCCGCCAUGUCCGCCACCACCUGCUGCAUCCGGUUCCCGGGUCAGUUGAACUGCGACUUGCGUAAGGUCGCCGUCAACAUGAUCCCGUUCCCGCGUCUGCACUUCUUCAUGACCGGGUUCUCCCCGCUGACCUCCCGUGGGUCCCAGCAGUACCGUGCCCUGACGGUCCCCGAGCUGACCCAGCAGAUGUUCGACGCCAAGAACAUGAUGUGCGCCGCGGACCCGCGUCACGGACGCUACCUGACCGCCUGCGCCCUGUUCCGUGGUCGCAUGUCCACCAAGGAGGUCGAUGAGCAGAUGUUGAACGUGCAGAACAAGAACUCCUCCUACUUCGUCGAGUGGAUCCCCAACAACAUCAAGUCCUCCGUGUGCGAUAUUCCGCCGAAGGGUUUGAAGAUGGCCGUCGGCUUCUUGGGUAACUCCACCGCCAUCCAGGAGAUGUUCAAGCGCGUCGCCGAGUACUUCACCGGCAUGUUCCGCCGCAAGGCCUUCUUGCACUGGUACACCGGUGAGGGUAUGGACGAGAUGGAGUUCACCGAGGCCGAGUCCAACAUGAACGACUUGGUGUCUGAGUACCAGCAGUACCAGGAUGCCACCGCCGAGGAGGAGGGUGAAUUCGACGAGGUAAAUUUGUUUUCUUCCGCAUAUGCGCAUCAUUAUGCACUAUUUCUGCAGUUCGGUCUUCAUACUUCGCGCAUAUUCAUGUACUUUUGAAAGCAAGCUUCGGUGAGACUGCAUGUGCAAGUUUUUUGUAUCAUCAUCAAUUGUUCCAAAAAAAAUCACAUUACAGGAGGAGGGUGAGUACGACAUGGAGCCCAUGUAAAUUCACCAACAACCUGGUGUUGAACCUCUUCGUCGUCAUCGUCGUCACCAAGGUGUGAUUGAACAAAUAGACUAGAUGAAGAUGUGAUCCAAAGACUUUUGCAUCGUGAUCAGAUUUUGCACGUGAAUAGUCAGAUUUCCAUUAUGUGAUUUCCGAAUACUAACACCAUCAUUUUCAACUGUCAAGGGACUGGUGAAAAUUUUGUAGUGCUGAAUCAAUCUGAUGCUACAAAGAAAAGCGGCAUCGACAAAGAAGUCGAGUUGCAAAAUCAAAAAAGUUUCAAACGCCACUGUAGGCAACGUGGUCGCUCGAGGGGCGUGUGCGAUUCUUGCAGGUUCGACCUGUUCAUCUUAAUAUUCUUCGGUCUUGACAGAGUGUGAAGUCCUUUUCGAGCAGAAUGUCGG